AUGACAGCUUCAACAGCUCCUCAUCCUGCGAGCAAACGCAGCAAAAGUCAGACAAUUGUUCAGGGCCCUAGUCCGCAUCCAACAUCCAGUGCACCUCUCGAAGCAAUUCCCAUGUCGAAAUUGACACACAGUGCCGAACUCGACGAAUAUACCGCUAGCAUGCGGAGUUACUUGGCAAGUGUCGAGCAUGGUGGGCAGGGCAACCGCAACAGCGGGAGCGACGGCGACGGUAGGAGGAACAGUGUUCGGAGUGAGAGCGUGGGCGGGAGCGAAAGAGAUAAAUCGCCCGAAUUCAGGUGGAUGGAUCUUGCCAGUGUGAGGAGGGAACAUGGGAACGUGAACCUCAGUUUUCCUGGCGUCGGAGCAGGAACCGACAAUCGGAUUUCCAAGAGUGCUGUGAAGUCCGCCAGCCACCAUCAUCACCAGGUCGGAAAAGAUCCGCGGCAACAUCAGAGGGACCAUCGGCCGUCCAGCCCAGGCGGAAAGGCGUUGCUCAGCAAGAGGCAUCCAACGCAGACGGAGGCAAAAUCAACCGAGAAAAACUAA